UUAUACAAUCGAAAGUGAGCGAAUAUUUCAAUAGGUUAUGGGCCCAGGACGUGGUGGAAUUGAAUUAAAACGUGUUUAUUUGUCCUGUUUGGCGGAAAUUUUUUGGUGAAAAUAUUUCGAGUCUAAUAUGGCGGAAAUUACGAAGAUCGAUAAGCUAAAUGGCAAGAAUUAUCAGUCUUGGAAAUACAAUGUCAAGCUAGUUCUUAUGGAACGUGGCCUUUGGGGCUUUACACAAGAAGGCAAAGAAAUACCUCCUGACGAAAAUGCGACAAAUGCUGUAAAGAAUGCUUUCCAGUUGCGAUCAGAUAAAGCCUACUCUUUAAUUGCCUUAAACGUCGAGGAACACUUGCAAAUACACAUUUCGAGUACGACAGAUCAUUUAGUAGCAUGGACGAACUUGCAAAAACAAUUCGAGUUUGUAUCUGUUACCCAGGUCGUGCGUUUGAAUCGUAAAUUCUAUGCAGCCACCAUGGAAGAAGGUGGAGAUCUUAUGAAACACCUGACCUAUAUGACAUCACUGGCAGAACAACUGCGUGAAAUGGAAGAAGGUCAAAGAAAUUCGCUACUGUGGUGCUAGGCAGUUUAUCCGAAUCAUAUGAAAAUCUCCUCACAAGUUUGAAUGCGAGGAAAGCUGAAGAGUUGGAAUGGGACAAUAUAAAGGGAUUGUUAAUAGAAGAGUAUUUGAAGAGAAAGGAAAAAUUUGAGAAUAACAAGAGUGACAAUGCAUUGCUUACAAACAGGAAGUCAUACAUGAGCAGAGGAAGAAAUUAUGAUCGAAGAAGACAUGGUGAACAUUCUAGAAAUUGGACUCCUGUAGACUACAAGCCAUCAUGGAACACCAAUAAAGGUGGGGAUAUAUUGACACCAGUAGCACAAAAACAACGUGAUGGCGGAAGAGCAAGAAAUAUUUUAUGCUUUAAGUGUAACAAAGCUGGAGACAUCGCCGGGAACUGUCCACUCAACAAUAGAAAAGGUGGAAACAAAGGGGAACAUUCGAAGCUUGCGGAAGGUGGUGGAGUAGCACUGAUUUCAAGCACAGGAAAUUCAAAUGAAUGGUAUGUGGAUUCAGCUGCGACAAAGCAUAUGACAAAUCGCAAGGACCUUAUCAUCAACUACACUCAAUACCAAACACCGGUGAAUAUUUAUUUGGGUGACAAUACCUGUAUCAAAGCCCUGGGUAAAGGAAUGGUUGAGCUAUAUACUCAAAAUGACAAUAUAUUCUAUUUGGAGUUACACAAAGUAUUGUAUGUGCCGAUGUUAGCAAAAAACCAAUUGUCUGUGCCUGCAAUGGGAGCUAAAGUGUCAUUCGAUGACGAAAAAUGUGUUGUUUCCAAAGAAGAAAAAGAAUACGAGAUUAGUAAAUUGGUAGAUGAUAUGCUGUAUACUGUUAAUCCAGUUGAAUUUGCCCAUCCUACAACUGAACCCUUGGAUAUGCGGCACCAGAGAUUUGGUCAUCUAAACAAUGGAUAUGUUAAUCAACUGAUGAAGAAUGAUAUGGUCACCGGAAUGAUGUAUGAUGAAAGUAAACAAGUGGAGAAAGAUUGCAAAGGAUGUUCAAUGGGAAAAAUGCAUAAGAAUCCCUUUCCAAAAGCAAGUCUACAUAGGGCAAGCAGACCUUAUGAAAUCAUACAUACUGACAUAUGUGGACCAAUGCAAUUGCAAGUUGAGUCGAUUGGCGGUAGUCGUUAUUUGGUCACAUUUACUGAUGACUAUUCCAGAUAUGCUGUUGCUUACUUUAUUAAGAAGAAAGAUGAAGCAUUUACUAAGUUCAAGGAGUUUGUGAAUUAUGUUGAAAAUCAAGAUGGAAAUCAUAAUAAAGUGAAGAUUCUGCGCAGCGACAACGGCGGUGAGUACAAAUCGAACAGUUUCUCCAAAUUCUGUACAGAGAAGGGCAUUGUCCAACAAUUCACUUGUCCUUACACCCCUGAACAAAACGCUGUGGCAGAAAGAUUAAACCGUACGAUUUUAGAAUCUGCAAGAUCCAUGAUAUAUCAUGCAAAUUUGCCCCUAGUCUUUUGGGCUGAAGCGUGCAAUACAGCCGUGUACCUACAUAACCGAAGUCCUACAGUUGCAUUAAAGGACAAAACCCCUCAUGAAUGCCUUUUCGGUGAAAAAACAGAUGUUUCUAAUCUUAAAGUCUUUGGAUGUAUGUGCUAUGUUCAUAUCCCGGACAGUAAUCGUAGAAAAUUAGACCAAAAGUCUUAUGAAGCUAUAUUUGUUGGCUAUCCUACUGGCACAAAAGGAUACAAAGUUUAUGAUGUUAAAAGAAGAAAGUCCAUGAUAAGUCGAGAUGUUCAAUUCUUAGAGAAGAAAUUUCAUAAUUUUGAGAACCCAAAGAAUGACUUUGUGUUCAAGCAGCAAGAGAGAAUUGAAGUUCCGGAUGAUGAAAAACAAACUGUCUCGAGUUAUUUUAUCUAGAUAGAGUUGAUGAUGAACUUGAUCAAACCUUCAACGAAGAUCAGGAUGAGUUCAGAGUUGAUCCUGUUGUUGAAACAAACAUUAACUUGAAUGAAACCAUGGAGCAGCCCGUUAAUCCCGAGAACGACGAACCAGUGGGAGAAAGUGAAACCCCAUCUACUUCGAAAACAUACGAAGAGCGGUUUAUGGAAAACGUGAAAAAUUUAGGUCCUGUAAGACAGCGUAUGAUUCCGAGUAAGUUCAGAGACAAUGCAUGUCCAGUAGUCGAGUCUUUAACAUCUGAAGUUGAUGAUCCAGAAAGUGUCCAAAGAGCGCUGAAUGGGAAGUAUGCGAAGGAAUGGAAAGACGCGAUGAUCUCAGAAUAUUCUUCAUUACUAGAAAAUGAUACAUGGGAAUUGGUUCCUCCCUGUGAUGAUCAAAACGUAGUCGGAUCGCGGUGGGUGCUAAAGGUAAAGCGGAAAGAAGAUGGAUCAAUUGAUCGUUUCAAAGCGAGAGUUGUAGCUCAAGGAUACUCCCAAACAAAAGGAGCGGAUUAUGACGAAGUAUUUUCCCCCGUGGCCAGACAUACAUCUUUACGUACAUUACUGGCAUUAGCCAACGAAUAUGAUCUCGAAGUCCACCAAAUGGAUGUUCGAACUGCUUUUUUAAAUGGCGACAUUGAUUGCGACAUUUAUAUGGAACAACCGGAAGGUUUUGUUGAUCCAGACAAACCAGAUUAUCUUUGUAAGCUGCAGAAAAGUAUCUACGGUCUCAAACAGUCUGCACGCUGUUGCAAUGACACGCUCGAUGGAUACUUAAAGUCGAGAGGAUACCGAAAAAGUGGUGCAGAUGGUUGCAUUUAUGUUAAAUCGGUUAAAAAGGACGGUGGUCGAAUAAGUUUUGUGAUACUCGGAGUUUACGUGGACGAUAUAAUUCCAGUUUCCAACGAUAUCCAAAUGCUGAAUUCAGAGAAGAAAGCGCUCAGCGAAAGAUUUAAGAUGGAUGACAGAGGUGAAGUUCAUUACCUAUUGGGAAUGCUGAUUAAACGAGAUCGAGAAGCCAGAGUUACUACAAUCAGUCAGCGUAAUUACGUGGAACGAGUCCUAAGCAAAUUCGGAAUGGAAUCAUGUAAACCGGUUUCAACACCACUGGAACCUGGGACAAAGUUUUCAGAGUUGUCAAAUGAGGAUGAAAAAUUUGACACACAAACAUACCAGCAAGCGAUUGGAUGCCUAACCUAUCUUUCAGUGAUUUCAAGACCAGAUAUCUCAGAGCUCUGCAGUGGGAGCACUUUCACAAUUUAUGGCAAAACCUAGCAAAGAUCAUUGGAUCGGAGUGAAACGUGUAUUACAAUAUCUUAAAGGAACUUUAGAGUUUAGAUUAUGGCCUGAAAUACUCAGCAGAUGAAAACCCUACACUAGUCGGUUAUUCAGACUCUGACUGGGCAGGAGAUAUUAAUACUCGUCGAUCAACAUCAGGUUAUGUAUUUCAAAUUGCUAAUAGCACAGUUAGUUGGUCGAGCAAAAGGCAGAGGACAGUCGCAAAGAGUUCAACAGAAGCAGAAUAUAUUGCCUUAAGUUUAGCCACGCAAGAAGCGAUAUGGUUACAAAGACUGUUAUAUGAUGUUGGAUUUAAAAUCAGAAAACCGAUAAAAAUCUUCGAAGACAACCAAGGAACAAUAGAAUUGGCGAAGAAUGCCAAAUAUCAUAAUCGAACGAAACAUAUUGACAUUUGCCAUCAUUUUGUUCGAGAACGCGUUCAGUCGAAGGAGAUCAAUGUAGUAAAUUGUCGAACAGAUGAUAUGAAAGCAGACAUACUAACAAAAGGAUUAGCAAGAUCAAGUUAUGAAAAGUUAAGGGACUUGAUUGGGAUUACAUCUGUUUGA